AGAGAGAGAGAGAGAGAGAGAGAGAGAGAGAGAGAGAGAGAGUAAUGGAAGCUAUCAACAACACUCCUUCUUCUUCUUCUGCGUCUUCCUCUUCAUCGUCUUCGGAUUCUACUUCUUCUGGGUCGUCAAAACAGCCGGCAACGAGAGAGACGACGAAGAAAUCGGAGAGGAUCAAAGGGUCAUGGAGCAGUGAGGAAGACAAGAUCCUAACCAGACUCGUCCAACGACACGGCGCUCGAAACUGGUCUUUGAUAAGCCGAUAUAUACCGGGUCGAUCCGGAAAAUCGUGCCGGCUCCGUUGGUGUAACCAGCUUAGCCCCAAUGUUGAGCACCGUCCCUUCUCUCCAGCAGAGGACAAGACUAUCGCAGCCGCCCAAGCCAAGUACGGCAAUAGGUGGGCCACCAUUGCUAGGCUGCUCCCCGGUCGGACCGAUAAUGCCGUGAAGAACCAUUGGAACUCGACGCUUAGAAGGAAGCCGAGAGAAGUAGUAUCGGUGGCGGAGGGAGAUAACCGAGAUAUUAAUGGAAGUGGGACGAUGACAACUCGGGGGUAUGGAUGUUUGUCGACCCCGGCCGAGCCUGUGCCGGAGUUGCAGACCGCUUUGACACUGGCACCACCGGGGAUAGGUUUUCCGGUGCCGGAGAGGCAGAUCCCGAUGGAGAUCUCGCCGGCGGGAUUUUGGGAUAUGAUGAGGGAUGUGAUUGCUAGAGAGGUUAGGAAUUAUGUGACGGCGUCUUUAUCUGAUACAGCCACAGCUGGGCCUGGCCUAUCCCUGGAAGGGCUUACGACGGAUUAGCCUCUCUCUUCUGCCUUGGCUUCUGUGUUUACUUUUUCUAAUCUUUAUUAAUUACUUGUUAAUAUUGUUGAAAGCCAAAUAACAGCUUUCGUUUGGAAAUUAAUUAGUUCGAUAAACAA